AGAAAAAAUAUAAUAUUUCAUCCUAUUAUUUCGUCGAUACAAAAAAUAGCUUUGUACGAAACAAAAUCCCAUUUUUAUCUCAUGGGAUCUAAUAAUACUUUGACCCGAUUUCGAGUAUUAAAAAUUGAUCGAAUGGAACCACGUGAAUUAAUUCUUAUGGAUGAUAAAAUUGAAUACACACAGGAUGAAAUUAGAGAUCUUGUAAAAAUGAUAGAUAUGGGAAAUCGAAAUAAAGCCAAUCAACGUGGUAAUGCUAGUGGAGUAACUAAAGUUGUUUCUGCUUUUGGUAUAAUUGGUUUUAUAUGCUUUUUAGAAGGCUAUUAUAUUAUUCUUGUAACAAAGAGAAGAAGAAUUGCAAUAAUUGGAAAUCAUACAAUAUAUAAAAUAGAAGAUACUUCAAUGAUUUAUAUUCCAAAUGAUUCAGUAAGAUUUUUUCAUCCAGAUGAACAAAGAUAUGUUAAGAUGUUUCAAAGUAUUGAUUUAAGUAGUAAUUUUUACUUUAGUUAUUCCUAUGACUUAACCCAUACAUUACAAAGUAAUAUGGCUUUACCAAAACAUGUUCAUACUGAAAUAUCUGCAGCCAAUAUCAAUAAUGAAUUAAAUUAUCAAAAUCAUAAUUCAGAUUGUUUUAAAAUGUGGAAAUUUUAUAAUUUUCAGAAAAAUAGAUAUGGUGAAAAAAUUGUAAAUUAUGGAAUACGUACUAACCCUCAUAGACGUUAUAUUUGGAAUUCUCAUUUAUUAUCUUCGAUUGAAAAAAAUUUACAUCGAGAUUGGAUAUUACAUAUAAUUCAUGGUUUUGUAGGUCAAUCAAAUGUUAGUGUAUUUGGAAGAUCAAUAUAUAUUACAAUUAUAGCGAGACGUAGCAGUAAAUAUGCUGGCACAAGAUUUCUUAAACGAGGUGCUAAUUUUGAAGGAGAUGUUGCCAAUGAAGUCGAAACUGAACAAAUAGUACAUGAUUCAAAUGUCAGUUCAUUAAAAAAUGGACAUUUUAGUUCUUUUGUUCAAAUGAGAGGUUCAGUACCUGGUCAUUGGAGUCAAGAUAUUAGUAAAAUGGUUCCAAAACCAACUAUUACAAUUGAUUUAUGUGAUCCAUUUGUAGAAACUGCAGGAGCUCAUUUCAAUGAACUUUUUAAACGAUAUGGUUCCCCAAUCAUUAUAUUAAAUCUUGUUAAAAAAAGAGAAAAAAAAAAGCAUGAAAGUACUCUGAGCGAAGAAAUGAAUAUAGCUGUAAAAUAUUUAAAUCAAUUUCUACCAUCUGAACAUAAUAUUCAAUAUAUCAGUUUUGAUAUGGCACGAAAAAAUAAAGGAAGAAAAACUAAUGUUAUGGAACAACUAGCUACUAUUGCAAAUAAUGCUGUACUGAAAACUGGAAUAUUUCAGUCUCUAUAUUUAUCUUAUAAUAAAAAUCAUAUAUUUAAUACAAAAAAAUUACACAAAUUAAAAGUUGAUUCAAGUUUAUUUUUAUUAAAUGAUUUUAGUGAUAUAUUUGAGAGUACAAACUUAUCAAUGACUUUUAAUGAUUCAUUUAAUUAUUGUUUAAUAAAUGAUGAAGUUAAGCAAUAUUUUAUAAAGAAAGGAUCUUUACAAACGGGAAUUAUAAGAACUAAUUGUGUUGAUUGUUUGGAUCGUACAAAUACUGCUCAAUUUUCGAUUGGAAAAUGCGCUUUGGGUUAUCAACUAUAUGCUUUAGGAAUUUUAAAUUCACCAAAACUUGAAUUUGAUACAGACUGUGUUCGCAUGCUAGAGGAACUUUAUGAAGAUCAUGGUGAUACUUUAGCUCUUCAGUAUGGAGGUUCACAAUUAGUUCACAGAAUUAAGACUUAUAGAAAAACUGCCCCAUGGACCAGUCAAGGAAAUGAUAUAAUGCAAACAUUAAGCAGAUAUUAUAGUAACACAUUUAGUGAUCAAGAAAAACAACAGACUAUUAAUUUAUUUUUAGGAUUAUUUAUCCCAGAAGAAGGUAAGCCUCCAAUUUGGGAACUAUUAACGGAUUAUUAUAUACAUCACAAACCAGCUUGUAGAUAUGUUAAAAAAUCAAAAAUUUUAACACAAUGGUGGGAUAAAAAUGUGUUAAAAUGUCUACCAUAUUCUUUUUUUGAAGUAACGAAAACGUGUACGGAAAUAAUACAAGUACAAUGCAAUCAAGAAGAGAUAAUUGAUAUUUAUUAUGAUUAUUAUAGGCCUUUUGAAUUGUCACUACUAACUGAAGUUUAUUCAUAUCAAGUUAGUCAUUCUGUAAGAGACUUCAUGCCUCAUUUCACAACAAAUUUCAGUCCUUUUGUUGUUAGAGUUAGACCAGGCAGAAGAAGAGAGGAAUCUACUAAUAAAAAUGUAAAUAUAAAAAAUCCUUCAUUAACAGGACAUAGUGGUACAAGUAGCACAGCAUCUAGUACUAGUUCAAGUCUUAGUUCUAGUUCGGAUGAUAAUGAGUCUCAGUGUAUAAAUAAUUCGAAAAUAUUAGUUUCAAAAUACAACACAGAAAUAUCGUUCAAAACACUUUUUCCAUCUAUGAGAAAAGUUUAUGGUGCCCAACCUGAUUAUCCAAAAAGAACUGACACUCUUACAUACAAAAGGUUUGUGUUGAUAGGCAAAAAUGCUACUUAUAAAUUGGAUUCAAAAUUUCAAUAUAAAUUUUUGCCUUGUAUUGAAUAUAAAAAUGUUGAACAAUUUACUAUUACAACAAAUACUAUUAAUAUUUAUGAAGAUUAUUUAAAGAAAUCAAAGUAUGGUGGAUCAAUACCAAAUUCUAAUGAUCUGAAUUUAUAUGAACAGUAUUCACAUCAACAACAACUUCAUCUUGGAGUUUUACAUCCAGAUUUACCAUAAUUUAAAUUUAAAAAUAUAAUUGUAUCAUUAU